AAUAACUUAAAAGAGUACGCGUCAUAUAUCAUGUGCAAAAUAUAGUUUUUUUUUCAUUUAAAAAUAACAUUUUUAUCAAAUAAACGAUUAGGAAAUCUAUUACCAACAAGAAGAAUCUUUGAGUGUUUUACAAAACACUUUUCUACACAACUGUUAACUCCACUCGAAAAAAAAUGUCAGACGACGAGGACUACAUGUCUGAUAAAUUUCUACAAGGCUCUGAAAAGCAGGUUUCAUCGAGUCUUAUAUACAGACACGCUGACAAGAGAGAAUUUGCACUAAUGAAGAAAAGAGCUGAGAUUGAAUCGAAGAUGAAAGAGCAAAACAAAUCAAUACGAGUGGUUGAAGCAGAAAAAAGAGAGGAAGGCUUAUCAUCUGCCAUCACCAGUGCAAAUAAAGGUUUUUCAAUGCUGAUGAAAAUGGGAUAUAAACCUGGUCAAGGCAUAGGCAAGUCUCAAUCAGGAAUAGUUGAACCAAUUCCUGUAGAAGUAAAAGCGGAUAGACAAGGUUUAGGCAAAACAUUAAAAAAGAAGGAGUCGUAUAAUCGCAAGAACGCGAAUGCAAAAUUAGAUAAUAUGGAUACGAAGGAUUUCCGUAGCAGGAUAGCACAAGAAAAAACCGAACAGCUACAAAAGAUCGAUUUAUACAAGAGCCAAAAAGUAUGUCAAGAAUUGGAUACUAAAGAAAAAAUCGAAGAACCUCAAGAAUCUUGGUUUUGGCCACAAGUCAUAGAAGAAAAAGAAGAAAUAGAAGAAAAGGAAGCUGACGACGAUGAUGACGCAAGCGAUAUGGACGACGAGCUUCUCAGCAAUCUAGAAAAACUUGACAUUCUCACUGGAUAUUUAAGAAAGAAAUACUAUUACUGCAUCUGAUAAAUCGACACUAUAAUGUUGAUAGCAUCGAAGUCCCUGUUAAUUCUCGCGGUUUAUGCUACGAUCAGCGAUGCUGAAAUAGAAAUAGACGACGAGAGCUGCGAGACCCUGCAGUCAGAAGUGCAUAUUACUAAGGAAGAGAACGACGAGAUAGGACGUUUAAGAAGAACAUGUAGCGGCGACGUAGCGGUCACCAAAUGCGAAGGUUUUUGUAACUCGCAAGUGCAGCCAAGCGUUGUCACCACUACAGGCUUUGCAAAAGAGUGCUACUGCUGUCGUGAGAGUUAUCUGAAGGAAAGAUUUGUCGUCUUAAAUCAUUGUUACGACGCAUAUGGAAUCAGGCUGGAAGGCACGGAUGACGAGAUAAUGGAAAUUAAGAUACGAGAACCCGCCGAAUGUAAAUGUAUUAAAUGUGGCGACCUUGCGAGAUAAAAGCAGCGACGAUUGUAGAAAUGAAAAUUAUAAAUUCCUUCUCAUAAGUUAACCUACAGCUUAUUAUGUAACAAUUAUAUUGAUAGAUAGACAAGAAUGAGGAUAUUGUAUAAUCACGAUAAAAAUUAAUAAUUUUUCCGAUAUAUUUACAACAUGAGAUCUAUUUAUAGCCCCGAUAAUAACUACUUCACGCAUGCACACGUACGCAUUUUUAUCCGUGAUAAGCACUUCAUGUCAGAAAUUAAUUUCUUUUAAACAUUGCAAAUAUGAAUUUAUCCACGUAGAACAUACACAUGUUCUAAAUGCAUGUAAAUUAUGUUUGUAUAUCAUUACAUACUUUGAGGUAAAAUAUAUAAAUAUGGAAUUCAUAUGAAUAAACAGUUAUAAUAUA